CAAUCGUGGGAUCGGCUGAUUCAUUGAAACAACACGUUGCUGUGGCUCUUCGUUUUCUUGUUCUGUACACCAGGUCUUUCUAACAGCACACAACAUGCCGUCGGAUGCUUUCAAUAAAGCUGCAGAGGAUGUGAAGAAUCUGAAAACCCGGCCCUCUGAUGCCGAAAUGUUGAAACUGUAUGCAUUGUUCAAACAAACAUCAGUCGGUGAUUGUAACACAGAUCGCCCAGGUAUGCUUGAUUUUAAAGGCAAGGCAAAGUGGGAUGCUUGGAAUGAAAAGAAAGGUACAAGUCAAGCUGAUGCAGAAGCAAAGUACAUAGAAUUGGUAGAAGAAUUAAAAGGAAAAUAUGGCAUGGCAUAGACACUAAUAGUAUAUAGUACCGGUAACAUGCAUAAACAUGUUACUUUUAUUGUGUAUUUUUGUUGUUUUAAUUGUACUUUUAAUUUAGUUUAAAUCAACAUCAUGGGUUGAAUAUUAUUAUUUCCGUAACUUCUAAAAAUAUCGCUCAUGUUAGUGCAUUUAUUUUAUUUGCUCAUGGAUACAAAAUGUAUUAUCUUUCAUGUUUCAUAUCUGAGGAUGCAAAUCAUUUUACGUUUGAAGAUCAGAUCCGGGAUAAGUGAAAUCCCAUAAAACACACUUUCAUGUGAAAGCUCACAAUUCAAUUCCAUGGAAGUAAAAGGACAUAUUUUGAAUCUUGUCUAGGGUUUUUCUAGAAAAAAGAGGAAGCACUGAAAUUCAGCGGCACUACCAAGUGGAGGAGAUAGGGUUCUCCCUACCAGGGAGAGUUUUUAAUAAUUCUAAGUUAAAAUGGAGCAUCCUAUGGCUUCCUUUGGGCCAAAAUUACUACCAGACAGGUCACAGUUGAAGACAGUGGCCACAUGUGAUCCCUGGUCAAUCAGAAUUUUAUUGUUGCCAGAGGAUCUGCUCCCCAGGGUAAGGGAGCGCAUGGCCAUGGCAUGAGGGCGCUGUUCACUUGUAGCAUCCAGUGUAUGAAGUGCUCAGAAAUGUACAUUUUUUUGUCAGCGAAUGUUUUAGUGUUGCAAUAAUGGGAUUUUUGGUUUAUUGACAUUGUGCUUGUUGAAAUGAUUUACACUGAAUUGAUGGUGCUAAGAAUGAUAGUCAAAUCAUGUUGUUAAUAAUUUCAUUCUUUGACUAUAAAAUAGUAAAGCAUGACGGUUUGACGUGUGCAGCCUUGGCUCCUGGGAUGCAUUUGGAAAAUAUCAUUAUUGUUGAGAUUUGGCGAAGAACGUUUUUUUUGUUAUAAUACUAAUUUUGAUAUUAUUUUUGACACGUUUCAAGAUAUUAGUUUUGUCAUUUGACAUGUUCAGUGUACACCAGCACUACACAAUACAGUUGUGGCGGAGUCAUAACAUCAUCACUACAAAUAGAUCAAUCUAACAGUUUAAAAUGUUGUUUUCAAGCAUUACCCGACUCCAAACUGCAGCAUCUUAUUCUGAUUAAGCAUUGUAAUUCAAAUUUUAUUAGUCAAGUGAGAUGGACCACAGUUCAUUAAAUUAAGCAGUUGUUUUAUAAUAGCAAGACUUUAUGUACUCAAAUGAUCCUGUACGUUUAAUAAAUAUGUAAAAUACAAGAUUUACCCAUGAUUCAAAUGCCCAUGGUGCGAUGACUGUUUUGUAAUUAAAGAAAAAAUCAAGUGAGAUUUUGCAAAAUAAAGAUUCUUGUAUGCACCUUA